UGAUCAGAUCGCUCCGGACACCGUGGUGUUCAUCGUAGUGGGAAGUGUGUUAAGUGCAUCUCGAUGACAAUAUGAAGGGGAGAUUCAAUACAGUCGACAUUAGGGCAGUGAUUGCCGAGCUCAAUGCCAACUAUGUGGGAAUGCGAGUGUACAACGUCUACGACAUUGACAGCAAGACCUAUCUCAUUCGCCUACAGAAGCCAGACAGCAAAGCUGUCCUGUUGAUCGAAUCUGGUAUACGGAUUCACUCCACUGACUUUGAGUGGCCCAAAAAUAUUAUGCCCUCUGGAUUUGCUAUGAAAUGCAGGAAACAUCUGAAGUCCAGGAGACUUGUACAUAUAAAACAACUUGGUGUGGACAGGAUUGUGGACCUUCAGUUUGGCUCUGAAGAGGCUGCAUACCACCUCAUAGUGGAGUUAUAUGACAGGGGGAACAUAAUCCUGACAGAUCAUGAGUAUACCAUACUCAACCUGCUGCGCUUUCGUACCGCUGAGGCAGAGGAUGUGAAAAUUGCAGUGAGAGAAAGAUACCCCAUAGAGAAUGCCAGGCCUCCUGAACCCCUUAUUAGCCUCGAAAGGCUUACAGAUAUUUUAUCAAAAGCUCAGAGUGGAGAACAAAUAAAAAGGAUUCUGAAUCCCCACUUUUCAUAUGGAGGCACUCUUAUUGAACACUGCCUUAUAGAAGUUGGUUUUCCUGGUCUUUUAAAAAUGGACCACCAGUUUAACAUCACAGAAGCCGGGCCAAAACUUCUUGAGGCUUUGCAGAUGGCAGAGCACUAUAUGGAGAAAGCAGCAAACUUUAAUGGAAAGGGUUACAUCAUUCAGAAAACUGAAAAAAAGCCAAGCAUGACUCCAGACAAACCACAUGAAGAGUUGCUCACGUACGAAGAAUUUCACCCAUUUCUCUUUUUCCAACAUGCAAAGAGCUCUUAUAUUGAGUUUGAAUCUUUUGAUAAGGCUAUUGAUGAGUUCUUCUCCAAGAUGGAGAGUCAAAAGAUUGACAUGAAAGCACUUCAGCAGGAGAAACAAGCCCUGAAAAAGCUUGAGAAUGUGAAAAAGGAUCACGAGCAACGGUUGGAGGCUCUACAUCAAGCCCAGGAGGUGGACCGUUUGAAGGGUGAGUUGUUGGAAAUGAAUCUCCCCAUUGUAGAGCGAGCUAUCCAGGUGGUGCGCAGUGCUUUGGCUAAUCAGGUGGACUGGACUGAGAUCAACCAAAUUGUCAAAGAAGCUCAAGCUGCGGGAGAUCCUGUAGCGUGUGCAAUUAAGGAGCUGAAACUACAAACCAACCACAUUACUAUGCUAUUAAAGAAUCCAUAUAUUGGUUCAGACGAAGAUGAGGAAGAAGUAGUUGUUUCACACAGUACUAAAGAAGGCUCUGAGCAGCCGAAGGGGAAAAAAAAUAAGAAUAAAGCCAAAGGACAGACGGGCAAGAUUCAGAAGAAUAAACCCCUGUUUGUGGACGUGGACCUUGGUUUAUCUGCUUAUGCCAAUUCAAAAAAAUAUUAUGACCACAAGCGGACCGCUGCCAAAAAGGAGCAGAAAACAGUAGAGGCGGCAGAGAAGGCCUUUAAGUCUGCUGAGAAAAAGACCAAGCAAACCCUUAAAGAAGUCCAUACAGUGACAACAAUUCAGAAAGCCAGAAAAGUCUUCUGGUUUGAAAAGUUCCUGUGGUUCAUUAGCUCAGAGAACUACCUCGUCAUUGCGGGACGGGACCAGCAGCAGAACGAGAUGAUUGUUAAACGCUAUCUGCGACCAGGGGACAUCUACAUCCAUGCUGAUCUUCAUGGAGCCACAAGCUGUAUCAUCAAGAAUCCGUCUGGUGAGCCUGUUCCCCCACGCACACUUAACGAGGCUGGAACAAUGGCUGUCUGCUACAGUGCUGCUUGGGAUGCUAAAGUAAUCACCAGUGCUUGGUGGGUGCAUCAUAACCAGGUGUCCAAAACGGCGCCAACAGGAGAGUACUUAACCACAGGAAGCUUCAUGAUUAGAGGGAAGAAGAAUUUCUUACCACCCUCAUAUCUUAUUAUGGGCUUUGGUUUUCUCUUCAGAGUGGAUGAGCAGUCUGUGUUUAGACAUCGGGGAGAACGGAAGGUUAAAACGCUGGAUGAGGAUGUAGAAGACCUAAGCUGUACUACUGCUGAGCUUUUGGAGGAGGGAGAGGAGCUGUUAGGGGAAGACAGUGCAAAUGAAGGAGAGGCUGAGGGAGAAGACGUGUCCGAGGAGAAUGGCAGAAUGGAAGAAGCACAAGAUGAUGUACCACAAAAAGUUGAAACAGAGGAGAAGAUGGAAGCUAAUGAGGAGCAAGCAGGUGAAAUCCAGUUUCAGGAAGAGGAGGAGGAGGAUGAGUGUGAACAGAAAGGAGAAAGGGGGAUUGAUGAAGAGACUAAGGUUGACGAGGAGAGUACUGACAUUAGUUUUCCAGACACUACAAUCCUGCUCACGCACCUUCAGUCCAGCAGGGGGAUCUCCACUGCUGGUUUCAAACAAGAAGAUCCAACACCGGACAACACAGUGUCACAGGGCAAAAAGUACAUUAGUGCAAAGCAGAGAAGGGAUAUGAAGAAGAAGCACAAACAGGGGGGUGAUGAACAUUCAGAAGAACCUGAGGUGAAAAAGAAGGAGAGCCAGAAUUCUUCUGCCACCAACCAGAGUUCUUCUAAGAGUGGAGGAGCUGCACAGCCUCUGAAGAGGGGGCAAAAGAACAAGCUGAGAAAAAUCAAGGACAAAUACAAAGACCAAGAUGAGGAAGACCGAGAGUUAAUGAUGAAAUUACUUGGGUCUGCAGGUCCCAAUAAAGAAGAGAAAGAAAAGAAAGGAAAAAAGGGAAAAGAGGAGCCUGUGAAGCGAGCUCCACAGAAACCUGCUCAAAAGCCCAGAGUGCCAGCGAAAAAAGCUGAUCAGCCUGGGGGAGACAUCAAUCAAGCAGGACAAUACAGCAAAGAACAGGAUGACAAGGAUGCUGAUGAUUUGGAUCAAGAGAAUCCUGAAACAGAGGAAUUUGAAAGUUUUCUUGACUGUCUCACUGGUCAGCCACAUCCAGACGAUGUGCUGCUCUUCGCAGUUCCUGUGUGUGCACCUUACACAGCUCUCUCCAGUUACAAGUACAAAGUGAAAUUAACUCCUGGGACGCAAAAGAAAGGAAAAGCUGCCCGUACUGCUGUGUUCAGCUUCAUGCAUGCUAAAGAAGCCAAUGCUAGAGAGAAAGACCUGUUCCGCAGCGUGAAGGACACUGACCUCUCAAGAAACAUGCCUGGCAAAGUCAAAGUAUCUGCUCCGAACCUUCUGGCAGCAAAGAAGAAGUAAAUUAAUGGGAUACUUGGAAUGCGACAAUAUUCAGAUGAUUACAAGAGAACCCUCGGACAGUUCACUACCUGCAAAUAUCUGCCUUUUUAGAGCCUAAACUUGUUUUAGAAACAUUUAAUUGUAAAAGAAAAAUUGAGGAUAAUUGCAAUAAUUUUGCUCCUUUACAGCUUGUAAAGUGCAAAGGGGGGAAACUCAAUGUUUUCUUAAAUAUGUUUUCUAUUUAGCAUAAAAUACUUUGGAUUCACAUUUAUCCAGUUCAUUUAUGAAAUAUUUGUGAAUAUAAAAAAAAUAAAAUGAGAACAUUUAUGACAGCGA